AUGACCCAGACAAAUAUCAGCAGGGUUUUGAACUGUUGCUGUCAGCCUUGGGUGAUCCCUCAGAAAGAGUCGUUAGUGAGUGCCACACAUCAAGUAUUUUUACCAGCCUAUGCUGCCUGGACUACAGAACUUGGAAAUUUACAGUCUCACCUAAUACCCACAUUGCUGAACAAGAUUGAAAAACUUCUCAGGGGGAUCUUCCUGAUCCAGGGAUCGACCCAGGAUCUCCUUCACUGCAGGCAGACUCUUUACCUUCUCAGCCACCAGGAAGGUGAGCACGGGCUGGAUGAACAUAAGCUCCACAUGUAUCUGUCUGCCUUGCAGUCCUUGAUCCCAUCUCUCUUUGCAUUAGUGCUACAGAACGCACCCUUCUCCAGCAAAGCCAAGCUUCAUGGUGACGUGCCACAGAUAGAAGUGACUGGGUUCCCUCGGCCUGUGUGA